AUGUUGGAAACUGGAGAAAGCUCGGAGACUAUGAUGGAAACCGGAGAAAGCUCGGAGACUCAGCCUCUCAAAGUACUUCUUGACAUCCCAAAGAAGCAUCUACGUGUACUCGAUGAGAUAAUGAAGCUUGUUGACCCUAAAUUGCAACCGUUAGUUGCCGAUGUCCUUCAGAUGGUGCCUAAGGAUGUACUAGCAGCCAUUGUAGCAAGUGAACCUGAUCCCGAGAUAAAAGUUAUCGAGUGUGUCAACAAAGUAGGUGGAAAGACCCGAUGUGUGAGAUAUGCGUGUUGGCUCAAACAUCAGAAAUUGCAGCUCAUCCCAGAAUCCGUGAAGGGGGUGAGAUGGCAAGAUAUGAUGGGAGCAUUGAGAAAUCAAACAGACCAUGAUGUUUGUUGGGCCAUUGUUGUGAGUGAGCUCAUAUGGGCUGUGAGACAAAUUGAAAAACGUGAUGAAGACGUCAACAUAAGAUAUUCACCGCAGGAGUUGAUUGACUUUGUAGACGCUGAGCAACGAAAAGUGGGGAGCAAGGAAGGUCACUACUGCUACCCGUUGAAUCUCACCAAGGGUUUUGAGUACGUUAAGAAGAAUGGAAUUCAGAGAGAAGAAAACAGACCCUUCAUUGGAUGUUCUAAAGAGCCCAUCGGUGCAGCUUUGGCGAUAUUUCUCCCGGAGUACAGAACUAUUGGAGAUAAAAUAUAUCGUGGACCUGAGAGUCAAAAUUCUAAAUUAGAGUGCCUGCAUGCGAUUUCUCUAGUGGACGCGGGUGAAGAAAACGGGGAGAAAUAUGUUCUAGGGAGAACAAGCCAUGGAGAUGGAUUCGGAAAGGAUGGCUACAUAAAGAUUUCACUGGAAGUUGUCAUUGCCUUCAUACCCACACCUGGGGAAAUUGACGAUCCCAUCGCUGUGAAAUAUUUUAGCAAGCCCAGAUCACUUAUUGGAAGGUUCAGCUAUCCAAGGUUACUCACAGAGGAUGAGGAGGAGUUAAGAAAGAAGAUGGAUCAAGACAAGCUCCAAGUUUCCUACGACGGAAUGGAGCUUUGA